GCAGCUCCUCAUCAGAUGAGCCCUUAUUCGAGGAGCCAAUCGCACCGACCCUUUCAUUGGGUGAGAGGAUCGCGUGGGUUAAGACAUCCGGCCCUGAGUUCGGCGCCGUUCGAUGGAUCGGACGAAUGCCUCAAAUCACGACCGACUGGACAGUUGGCGUGGAGUUUGACAACUGCAUCGGUUCGGGCGAUGGCACUGUCGACGGGCGCCGGUAUUUCGUGGCGAAAGAAAAUUUCGCGAAAUUCCUUCCGCUCUCAUCGCUCACUAAAGUGGAUAACUAUGCCGGAAGACCCCGAUCUG